GCACGCUUGCAGGCACCAACAACCACCAGGGGACCAACUCCAUAAAACGCCAUCUCCAGUCUCGAUCGAACUGCGACAUUUCAAUUUCUCUAUCCACAGCAGUUUUGUUCAACCUGGUGUCUCGUCUCCUCUCGCCGCUCUUUAGGAACCAUGAGCCUGGAAAAUGACCCCGAUGACCCAUCUUUGCCACUUUGGCUGCGCGAAAUGCGCCGCCGCGAACGUCAUCGGCCGAUAGCGGACCCCUACGAUGCGCUCCUGCUCGAGGUGGUCUUCGCCACGCACCGCGGCAAUCUCGACCGACUCAAGGUGGCGCUCGAAGCCCUGACACGGUCUCGCGGGCAGGUCGACAUCAGCAUGUACCACGACUACCCUGACGCAGAAGGCAUGGCUAUAAUGGGCGAAACACUGCUGCAGACAGCCGUGAAGCGCGACCACCUUGAUGUGGCCACGCUCCUGAUCGCUCUCGGUGCCGACUUGGAAGCCUCUGUUGGUUACAAUGAUGAAAUGUACACGUCACUUCAUGGGGCAGUGUCGCAUAACAAUGUCGUCUUGGUCCGGCUCCUAUUGGAUUCUGGCGCCGAUGUCCACGCGCGCUGGUAUAAUGGGAGCGACGACGGCACGGCAAUUUUUUUGGCGACAUGUGGCAGAGGCAAGGCUGCGAUCGAUACGCUUGAGAUACUGCUGGAUCACGGUCUUGAUAUCAACGAUCCAUACCACCAGGGGCGCUUUGGGAAUCGUCUGAUGAAGAAUGCCGUGUACGCGGGCGGCAGUGGUCUCGAGCUUGCAAUACAUUUGAUACGACGCGGCGUAGCGCUUUCCCAGCAUCACUACGCAUGUUUUUGUGAAGUAGUCAGCGACAGACGAUCCCCCGAAGGUCUGCGAUUCCUCGUUGACGAAGUCGGCCGCCGUGAGGUUGAGGAUUACCUGAUGGCGCUCUUGUGGCUCGUACGAGAGGAGUGUUAUCCUUGUCCAGCGGCCCCAUGCGAAAUGCGCCUCGAAAUCAUCGAGUUUCUCAUAUCACGCCUCAUAUGCGAUCUGGGUCCCGGAAAGGCUCUAAAGGAUUUGCCUGAAAUCGAUACUCUUUUGCGGAAGGCCUCCAGUCAUGGCUACACGGCCUUGGCACAGCUCUUGCGAGAGCACGAGGUCGGCGUUACUGGAUCCCCUCCCAUCGCCAGUAAUCACAGUAACUAGACUGGACGUUUGUAUCAACCCUGGCGAGCCUCAGAAUAUUCAGUUACUAUUUCAAGUCGGCGUGAGUUUUAUUGCGGUCGAUAAAGAAAAGUGACUUUGACGAAACAUACGCGUUCGUUUAUCUUGUCUUUGAGCAACCUAAGGAGUGACCAGACAGUAUACUGUGCCCACGCGACUGUGCCUCGCGAUCCCUCAAUAGAACAGUUUGUUGGUGU